AUGUCUCGAUACAGUCGUGAAGAAAUUAAAAAAUGGAAGGAGGUCUUCAAGGCUGCUGAUGUCGAUAAUAACCACUUCAUCACCACUGACGAGCUGAUCAUAACUGCCAAAGAACAAGGCAUUGAAAUGAAUGAUGAGCAGGCUGCGGAGUUUAUCAAGAAUUUUGAUAACAACGGCAAUGGUAAAAUCGAAUUUAGCGAGUUUCUGAAGGUCUUGGGAGAGAGAGGUACUUAG